AUGCUUCUCGGUCACAGUUGUGCGUUGGGCGCUGUCACACUCAACUUGGCCUCUUCUUGCUUUGAUAACAUCGCAACGCAGCAGGAGAUCACGACAGAAGUCGCCCGGCUGAGUCAAGCAGCAGAGGAGGAGGUCCUCGAAGAGCACAGAGACUGGCUGGGGAAGGAGGGUGAGAUCUACCAUUCAGCUCUGGCUUUGCACAGCAGGUCGCCUGAAUUCCAAAGCAGGGUCGCAGAUCUGGACGCGGAGCAUCGCAAGGGCAUGAUCAACGCCUUCACCGGCGCGUGGCAGCAGUCACCUGCUGAGUUAAAGUUCCACAUGAAGGGAAUGAAUCGUUUCACCUCAUUGAUCACCUGCGUCCUCAUCGCCAACUGCCGGGACAAGGCUACUUGCCUUGCAGGGCUUAGCGAUGGGACCAUAGGCAUUCUGCCCAUGAAAGCAGAAAUGGGCUCUGGAAGCUCCGGACAGGUCUUGCCUCUGGUCCGACAUACAGCUGGAGUCGUGGCCAUGGCAUUGGACGAGACGGAGCAGCAUCUCUUCUCUGCAAGCAGUGACAAGGCGAUUAUGGUCUUCGACCUCAGGAGACAGAUGAUCCAGUGUGAGGUGUCAGCUCCGUCUCCCCCGACGCACAUGAUCCACUGCCAGGUCCUGGGCUUUCAUGUCAAAUCGCAGCUCCAGGCCAUGCGCCAUUCGCUUUUCGUGGCGCUGCUUGUGCUUCUGACCGCCUCCGCAACAGUCGUCGAGGUGGACGGGCCCAUUCCCAUCCUGAAAGGCAGCGAAGGGCAGUGCUUCUCGGCUGCGGUUGCUGCCGGGCCCACCCGCCAGCUGGCUUGGUAUAACCAAGGCAUAGCAGCCGCGGAGCUGUGGCAAGAAUCCCAAGAACUUGAAGGGACAGGCCAGCAACUACUGGAGACAGCUAUAGCAGCUUUUCGAAAGAUUCUCGAGCUAGACACCUCCCAGCGGUCAGAGCUUCGCUACCUCGGCACAAUCGCUGCUGGACGCUUGCUGGUGAGUGCUGCUGAGCGAUCGGAUGACCUGGGCACUUCUCACUGCGACACUCUGUUGGUGGAGGCGACGAAGCACUUUGAGGAGGCUCAUCGUCUGGUCCGUGAGUGGGGCCACGAUGAUCUAGGCGACGCCUGGGGCGACUGGGGAAAAGCGCUGGCGCUUCAAAUGCAGAGGUACAUUUCCAGCAUCCCCGAAGGGAGCUCAAACCUGAACUGGAGUGACCUCUUGGGAAAGAUAAGUACUCUCUGCAACCAGGCUGCGGAAAAGUUCCAGGCCGCCACACAAGCGCUGGGAGAAGGGGAGGAUGAUGAAAUGGAGGAUCGCAACACGAGUGACCUGGAUUGGAUGGUUUGGCACAUCGAGCAUUUGUCUGCUUUCGUAAGUAUCGCUGCACGGGGUGUCAGGGAAGCUCCUGGCGCCGAGUGGCUGGAGUGGCUGCGCUGUGGAAUCUUGGCCUUCCAGGAGGCGGUCCGUUUGGCUUUUGCAGUAGUUGAUCUCGCUAAUUCGGCAGACUGGCAGCACAAAGCCUUGCAAGGAGAUGUCUUUGCAUCGGGUUACCACCUCUUGUGCGCUGUGAGACCGAAACACCAACUGCUUGCGGAGGCGCCAGAAACAUGGCGGAGUGGCCUUUUCGGAAGCCAAGGUAUGCUGAUGCCUUCGCCUCCCAUCUCAGGCGAGUCCGCGCCCGCACAAACGCAUCCACAGCCGGUGGAGGUGACGGAGGCGGACCUCGUUCGCUUGGCUGAGGAAGCCUAUGGCCGUGCUUUGGCAGCUCCUGGGGUGGACAAAGGAGAGGUAGGGCUCUCUUGCGGAGAGCUCGGGCUGUCUCUGGCCCGGCGUGCCCUCGCAGAUGGCCAGGAUCCCACCUCGGCCCUGCAGGGUGCAGCAACUUCACUGCAGCUCGCAGCCCGAUUCGGGACCCGGGAGGAGAAAGCCACCGCCUGGUACAACCUCGCUUGCGCGGCCGCUUUGGCGGAGCGGCCCUCGAAGGCCAGCGAAGCGCUGAGAGCGUGCCUUGAGCUCGUCUCACCGGCAUCUCGUAAGGAUUGGCUUCGGGAGGCAUCUGAGGACCAGGAUCUUAAGCAUCUGGUCUCGAGCCCUGACUGGUCACGCACUACGGGAGGUUAUGGACACCUGCAAGUUUACAUAUAA